ACGCGCGCGCACAAACGAACUUCCGGCUUGAUUGGGUUUCUGGUCCACACGCCUGGAGAGUAUCUUGGGGGGUCGCUGUUAGCCGUGGCAUCAUUUCUGCCCUUGAAGUAACCAGGAUAAAUGGAUUCUGACUUGCUUCAAGUUCGCCAUAUAGUACAAGAAGCAAUUGGCACCCUAUCUGUUUCCAGAGAUGGAGCCCAGAUCUGUGAGACUUUGCGGACAAUUAAGAGCUACCUUGGUGGAACGGAAAAUCCACCCUCCAUGAAAGAGAAAGAAGAAUUCACUCGCAAUCAUUUUACUACCUUUCUGCAGUGUCUUAUCAGUAACCUGAGUCUUGAUUGGCUGGAGCAGUUCCAAUCAGAUGAAGAUAAGGAAUUAUGGGAUUGCUUUUUCUUGGAAGGACCAGCAGACCAAACUUUUAUGGUUCUUUUGGACACCAUUAUUUCUACAGAGCCCAGUUUCCGUCUGAAUAAAGUUGUCGAUGUGCUGGAGCAGUUCCUGCAGAGAGCUGGACUGUCUGCUCUGAUGUGGGAAGUCUGUAAACAACAAACCCAAGCUGGCCCUCCAGUGCUACAGGAGGCCAUCCUCAAUAAGGUGGCCUGUCUCCCUGAUCACCUAGGCAACAAGCUCCAGGGAGAAAACCGGCCUGUCUUCUUCCCCCAAAACUACUUCCCGCUGCUUGGUGUGGAGAUGGUCCAGGUGCUGGAGAGGAUAUCUGAUUCACUGCGAGGUGGCUUGGAUUGCUCAAUCUCCUUUGUGUCCCAGGUGCUAGGGAAGGUAUGCAUGCAUGGAAGACAAAAAGAAAUCCUGAACGUGUUGGUGUCCCACCUGACUGAUCGUACCCAGUCUGACUGCAUCUGGCAGAGGAUAUGCUGGCGACUGGUGGAGAGUGUGCCGGAUCGCUGGGUGGAACCUGUGGUCUGUGGCUUUGUUCAGGCAGCAGCAGGACCUGCCGUGCUGUCACGAUUGUUGGGGAAUUUGGUUGUCAAAAGCAAGAAGGCUCAAUUUGUGAUGACCCAGAAGAUGUUGCUGCUUCAGUAUAGCAAUCCGACUAUGGUGCUCCAGAACCUUCUUGGAUAUCUAGCCCUGGACAACAUGCGGCGUCCCUUACUGAUCAAAGUUUUGAAAGAGCUGCUGGAGACCUGGGGAAGCAGCACUGCUGUGAAGCACUCCCCAGCGGAGCAGCAGCUGUACAUCAGCAAGGCCAUUCUGAUCUGCCUCUCUCAUCUGAAAGAAGCAGAAAUACUGAGCUACAGACAAGAGCUACUCACAGUCAUGAUGGAAGGGAUGAAGUGUCACCUGGACAGCAAUUUGCCACAGAUCCGUCAUAUGGGGAUGGUUGUAGCUGAGUGCGUCAGUGCCAGGGUAAUGCCUGAAGGCCCCGCUCUGAAAUUUCAGUAUGAAGAAGAUGAUGAGAUCAGAGAUUUAAAGACCUUGCUGAUUCAGAGGCCAGAGCAGAUUCCUGACAGUGAUUCCCAGAGCAUUGGGUACAUGACACCAAUCACUAUUCUGAAACCCAGUGUGAAACCACAGCCAAGUGCUUCUGAAGGACUGGACCAGGGGGAUGACUCUGAGCUUGAUAGCGAUGAUGACCUCGUUCCAUAUGACAUGUCAGAGGACAAAGAACUGAAGAAGACCAAGGCUCCCACCUACAUCCGAGACUGUAUUGAAAUCCUGACUGGUCCUGAAGAUCCGGAAAAGUAUGAAGCCACAAUGGGCACCCUGGAGAAUUUGAUUCGAAGGAACGUGGCAGCUGCACGAGAAGUGAGCGUGGAACUGGCAAAAGUCCUGCUGCAUCUAGAAGAGAAGAGCUACAUAGAAGGCUUUGUGGGGCUUCGUCAAGGCGCUCUGGUGGCCAUCGCUGUCACAGACCCAACACCAGUGGCCCAGUUUCUGACCUCUGAGUUCUACUCCUUGAACUAUAGUCUCCGCCAGCGCAUGGACAUCCUGGAUGUGCUGGCCAGAGCAGCCCAGGAACUCUCUCAGCCCUUUUCUCCUAAAGCAAAGCAGCUUCCUAGUCUGAAACAGCCCAGCAUCCAGAUCCUGUCUAGCAACAGCUCUUCUCCAGAUUGGCAAAAAGUUGUGGAUGAAAGGAUCCGAAGCAAGACCAGAAGGUUUGCAAAGGGCCAGUCCCAAGCAAAGCCACCAUCUGCCCCCAACAGAUUUGGUCCAGUUGCUGGUCAUUUCUUUUUCCCACUUCUUCGGAACUUUGACAGGCCACUGACCACCUUUGACCUUUUGGGAGAUGAUCACCUGGUUUUGGCCCGGCUGACACACACCCUGGCAAUUCUGAUGUACUUCGCUGUCAACACUGUGGUAGCAGCUGCGAUGGGGAAGGCACUGCUAGAGUUCGUCUGGACCCUGCGCUUUCAUGCAGACACAUAUGUGCGCCAAGGGCUUUUGUCAUCUGUCUCUUCCACACUCCUGAGUGUCCCUGCUGAGUGCCUUCUGGAGGACAUGACGGAGGAGCUUUUAGAGACCCAAGCCUGGCUGGCAGAUGUUGCAGAGAAGGACCCAGAUGGUGACUGCAGAAGUUUGGCACUGCAGAAUCUGCUACUGAUGGAAAACCUGAAGAAAAAAACUCUUGAAACAUGAAGGAGGGCUUGAUGAUGGAGAUGCCCUUUACCUGCCC